AUGAAUAUGGAAUACUUGUGUGUGGCAUUGCUGCUGGUGUACGUGGCUUACACAGUACGCUUGAUAUCAAUCCUGCCGUUCUUCAGGAGCUAUACCAACGGGAGUGAUGUGCUCGAAAGCGAGCCAAUUGAGCGUAAGGGCCCGCUUCAUGUUUUCUUGUUCCUAGGUUCUGGAGGGCAUACCGGAGAGAUGCUACGGCUUGUAGAUAACUAUAAGGAAAUGCUACUGGCAAAAGGUAACACCGUCUAUGUUGGCUACUCUGACGACAAAUCACGUAGCCAGUUUAUUCGGCAGGUAACGAUUGAGAACAGGGCGUGCCGUUUCGAGUACUACCAGUUCAAGAAGGCCAGGGAGGUCAACGCUGGUCUGCUCACAAGUCUUGCUAGCGUGCUGCAGACUAUAAUCAAGUCACUGGCGAUCAUAUUCAAAGUAUCGAGAGCGAUGAGAGGAAAGCCCCGCCUUGUUUUACUGAACGGCCCCGGGACGUGCUGCGUUAUAGCCGCUUGGUUCAAAGUGAUCGAAUGGUUGGAUCUCUUUCAGCCUUGUUCUAACAUAGUAUACGUUGAGUCGCUGGCGAGGAUUACGUCGCUGAGUUUGACCGGGAGGAUACUGUACUGGAUAGCAGACCUGUUCAUAGUCCAGUGGGAAGAGCUCUGUUUGACCCAUCCGAGGGCCAGAUACUACGGCUUACUCGUUUAG